AUACCGAAUUACAAAAAUUAAAUCUCAAAUACCAAGAAAUAAUACGUGUAUUCGGUAAUACCAAAUAUAGACAAAUUCGGUACGGUAUUCAGUAUAUUCCAAAUACCGGUACCAAACUUCCAGCCCUACUCGUAACAACUAGAUGCAAAUAGUUAUGUGGCCAAAAACCAUUCAGGAAACACAGGGAACAACGAAAAGACUUUUCUGACCAUCAAAUGGACAACCCCGUGGCAAUCGAUUUGUAAAUUUUAUAUAUAUAUAUAUCUAAAUUCCCAAUAAUUUUCACCUAAUUGUAUUCUUAAUUUCAGGACACGUUUGCCAAUUUGUAAAUUGAUAAACAAAGGAAUUGAUUAUACAAAAUGGGGAUUAAUUAGUUAGACAUUAAUUUACGUGGAGGAGAAUGUUGGUGCUUAGUGAGAGAGGGGAGAGAGAGAGUUGACUUGACUUGGUCGCACGUUUCCUUCCUCGCGCCACUUCCUGACCUCUCUCCCGCCAAUCCCCGGGCGAAUAAUAACAGAACAUAUUCCAUCCUUCUUCUUCUUCUUCUCCCCUGUUAUCCCGUAACUGAAGAAGAACGCAUCAGAGACGCCACAGCUUUCUUCUCUCAGUGCCAUUAAACCCUAAGCAAUCAAAUAAGAUGAAUGCAUCAAAUCAAAAGCAUAAUAAUUGAUUAAUUACAAUACCCAGAAUCCAAAGAAGACGCGGAAUUAUAAUCACCAGUAGCAUCCGUUGAAAUUAAUUCACCAUUUCAUCAAAUUAUUAUCAUAAAUCACGAGCCUUUCUGGGAGGAAACUCGCAAGGAAAUAAAUACGAAGCAAUUCAUCAGUAAUUAAAUUAAAACGGGAAUUAAUUGGGAGAAUUUCCAUGGACGUGACAGAGAGUGGUGGGGAUCAGAAACAAGAUUCCGUGCUGCGUUUUCUGCGUCACUUUCGGUUCCCGCUGAACGACUUCUCUCUUCUUCAUUCAUUCUAUCUGUCUAUGUAUAUGCAUCUUCUUCCUUUCCCCUUCAUUUUCUCCUGGUAUUGUGAAUGGAACCGAAUUUAUCAUCGGCUCUGUUAAUUGCUAGGAAAACAGAGUCCCUUUUGCAAAGUCUCUAACCAUCAUCCAUCGUUGUUUUCCUUUCUCCUGACAAAGACGCCCAAAACGUGUCUUUCGCUGAAAACCCAUUACGUUGAUUACGCCAUAAUCAAGGAAUUAAGCAAGGAAGCAGAGAAUCAACCAACGAAAAACGAAAGAACCAUCCCCUUUCCCUGACUCUGCUUUCCAUGUUUCCUGCAACUAAUAUCUUACUGUGGAGCGCUUCUUCUUCUUCUUCUUCCUCGAAAUCUCUUUUCAAUUGCUGCUUUCCGUUUCAAUCCCCUUCUGCCAAUUCUUUAUAUUAAGGUUCCUCCUCUCCUCUUCGGAAAACGUCCGACGUUCUUCCAGUGCGCAGGUUCUCUGUAAUCCCAGAAUCAUGCUUAAGAUAUCAAUACCAGUGGAUGCCAAAACCAGAUCAUGCCUCUGCCGCACCGUUUUCCCGGCUGCUUCCCUCAUUCUGGUAGUCUUCAUCAUCGGCACCACCGUUCUAGUUCCUGACCACAAACAGUCUGAAUUGCAGGCAUUGACAAGAUCAGAAGCUGUAGGUAGUUUCAGCAAUCUUAAUUCCACCUGCAAUUGCCAGGAAAGGCCUCAGGGAGGAGGUGAAACAUUGCGCCAAGGCAAGGAACCGGAAAGGCCUCAGGAAACAAAGACAUUGCCCCAAAGCAAGGAUCAGGAAAUGCUUCAGGGAAGGCAGGCAUCGGCCGAAAUCAAGGAACAGGAAAUGCUUCAGGGAAAUGAGAAAUUGCCCCAAAGUAAGGAUCAGGAAAGGCCUAGGGAAAGUGAGACAUUGCCCCAAAGAAAUGACAAAGAAAAGCCUCAGGCAACUGAGACAUUGCCUGAAAGUAUUGUCCAUUCCAACAAUCUGAUUUCUGCGAAUUGCCAGGAUCGAGAAAUGCCUCAGCGAAGCGAGACAUUGCCCCGAGGCAUCAUCCAAAAGACUUCAAAUUUGCAGAUGAGGCCCCUAUGGGGAAAUGUUGCCAAGAGGAAACCAAACGAGAAGGCCAACUUGUUUGCAGCAGCUGUGGGUGUGAAGCAGAAAGUCCUGGUGAACAAAAUGGUGACAAAGUUUCUUUCGAGUAGCUUCACGGUGAUGUUGUUCCACUACGACGACGCUGUGGAUGAAUGGAGGGAGUUUGAUUGGAACUCCAAUGUCGUUCAUGUCUCUGCACACAAUCAAACCAAAUGGUGGUUCGCGAAGAGGUUUAUGCAUCCUGACAUAGUCGCGGAGUACGACUAUGUAUUCCUGUGGGAUGAAGACAUCGGAGUCGAUACAUUCGACCCUCUUAGGUACCUGUCGAUUGUCUCGAGCGAAGGUCUCGAGAUAUCGCAACCAGCAUUGGACGUGGGGAAGUCGGAGAUUCAUCAGCAGAUUACUGCUCGGAUCAAUUCUAUAGUCCACAGACGAAUAUACAAGCCGGGAUCUUGCGAACAAAACAACACUUCUCCUCCAUGUACUGGAUGGGUAGAGAUGAUGGCGCCCGUGUUCUCACGAGACGCCUGGCGCUGCGUCUGGUACAUGAUCCAGAAUGACUUGAUCCAUGCUUGGGGGCUGGAUUAUCGGCUUGGCUACUGUGCUCAAGGGGACAGAACCCAGAAGAUGGGAGUUGUAGAUGCAGAGUAUGUUGUACAUCAUGGCAAGCCUACACUUGGUGAAUCAAAGGAUACUGCUCCACCGCGCCCUUUUAAUCCCCGUGAAUUCAACCCUAGAGUGGAAGUGAGGAGACAGUCGUGGAACGAGUACAAAACGUUCAAGCAAAGAUGGGCGAAGGCAGCCGAGGAGGAUAAAUGUUGGAUAGACCCUUACAAUGAUAGAAAAUAGUGUACUAGAGAGUCCAUUUUGUUUCUUUCUUUCAUUGAUUUCUGGGGAUCGAAUCGUAAAUAGUUUCGUGUAAAUCCAUAGGACGGGGAACCUAGAUUCUUGUAUUCAUUUGUGAGGCAGAAGAGGAAGGGAAAUUGUUGAGAGGAUGCAAAAAAAAUUAUGUCCCUAUUUGAUUUGAAUUACUGAUAAAACCAGAAGGGAUCAAAGAAGAUUUGUUUUAGAUUACAUAAGAAAGAAAAAAAAGGUAUUUAUACAGCUAUAGGUUGUUCUCUCUCGAAACAGUAAAGAUAAUAGCUAUUC